AUGGAGUACAUCAAAAUAAGUAAAGUCGAUGACGUUACGUUGCAUAGACGAGGGAAGUCAGCUGUUGGGACACUGCACCUGACUACGCACCACCUGAUCUUCGAGUCGCCUAGUUUGAAGACAGAGUUCUGGUUUGCGCACCACCUAAUUGGUUCUGUAUUUAAAAACUACGGGAGUGCAUUGCUCUCGGUGCCAGGGUAUGACAUCAAUGCCACAGUGGGCGACAAGGACCUGUGGUCCAUGACCAAUGUCAAAAUCAUCGGUAAGGACUUCACCGUGUUCUCCUUGGACUUUCUCAUGGAGCUAGAAGCCAAUGAGUUCUACGACUCCUUGAUAAACUUGACUGUGCUGGAGGACCCACACAAGCUGUAUGCUUACAUCUACAAACCUAACGAGUUGGAAACCAAGCUAACUCGAAAAGGCUGGGAUAUCUAUGACCUGAAGAGUGAGUUCCUGCGACAAGGACUCGAUCUAGAUGGCUCGAAAGAGGGGCAGCCUACUUGGAGAGUGAGCAACAUCAAUGCCAAUCACGAGGCUAUACCGACAUAUCCCGCUCAAUUUGUAGUUCCUGCAUUAGCUUCAGACCCUUUGCUUCUGCACGCAAUGAAGUUCCGGUCUCAAAAUAGACUACCAGUACUGGCCUACUACUACAAGAAAUCCCAAUGUUGCUUACUGAGGUCUUCGCAGCCGUUGACUGGUGUGACUAAACAGAGAUCAUUGCAGGAUGAGAAACUUAUACAGACGUUCUUCAAAGCGUCAAAUAAGUGUAAGAAGAACCUUAUAGUGGAUGCAAGACCUACUGCCAAUGCGCUGGCACAGAUGGCUUUAGGUGGAGGGACAGAAAGUAUGGAUAACUACAAUUUCAACAAGACUGUACAAAGACUGUUUUUAGGUAUUGACAACAUCCACGUAAUGUCAGAUACACUAAACUCACUUGUGGAUAAUGUCCUAGCAGAUGGUGAUAUUUAUUUGCCAAUCAGUGAUGCGUAUUUGUCGACCGGCAAAUCGGCUAAUUGGUUGAAAUAUGUCAAGCUCUUACUUUCAUCAACUGAUAUGAUGGUCAAAUCGAUGGUUUUUAACCAAUCAAAUAUUCUGCUUCAUUGUUCAGACGGUUGGGAUAGGACAACCCAAGUGGCUUCUCUAGUACAGAUUUGUCUAGAUCCAUAUUUCAGGACACUCGAAGGUUUUAUGGUGUUAAUAGAAAAGGAUUGGGUUUCAUUUGGUCAUAAGUUUAAAGAAAGGUUAGGUCAUCUGAGCUCUACAGCAGUAUUUCAUGAUAAUACCUCGGGUUUGAAAACUAAUGUAACAUUAAGUUAUAAGAAACUAACCGGAAAGAGUAAAGCUGCCACAGGAACCACGGAACAAGAGCCGGAUCGAACUUUGGAAGAUUCGACGUCAUUGUUUGGAAAUGGAUCAGCUAAGGAUAACUUAAAUAAAAGUGUGAUGAUGCUUUCAAACUCCGCAACGGACUUCUUUAACAAAACAAUCAAGACAAGUAUACCAUAUGGUGAUUCUUCAGCUGAAGUUGAUACUUCAGGGACAGCGGCAAAUGCUAAAACUAAGAAGAAAGCAAGCACGAAAUUUGUAUCACCUGUUUUUAUGCAAUUCCUUGAUUGUGUAUACCAGUUGUUGCUCCAAAACCCAGAAAAGUUUGAAUAUAAUGAGAGGUUUCUAAGAAGAUUACUAUAUCAUGCUUAUUCUUGUCAAUAUGGUACAUUCUUAUACAAUAAUGAAAAAGAACGUAUGGAGGAUACUCAAAGGAAUAAUACUAAUAGCGUUUGGGACUACUUCAAUUCUAGAAAGUUGGAAUUCACAAAUGUUUCAUACCAAGGCAUACCUGAAGGAUCAGAUGAUUGGAUUUUACCAGAUCUAGGUAAAGUUAGGUGGUGGUGGCAGCUAUUUGGCAGAAGAAACAGUGAGAUGAAUGGCUAUCUUGAUAAGGUACAAGUAGAAUCUAAAGUAACCGUUGAUGAGAACUCAAAUGAAGACACUAAUGAAAGUACCGAUAAUGUGAAGACAUUAGGAGAGAAAAUUGCAGCCUUCAGCUUCGACUUCUUUGGCAAAAAGUAG